GUGUUGGUAGUUUUUUUUUAAUUAAGCAUGAUGGUUUCUCUCAUUUGCUUCAUGCAACACCUCCAUUUGUUUGGAAAAGUUAAUACAAAGGAAAGUGGUUUUUUUUUUUAAACCACCUUUAAAUUUUAAAUUGAUUUUUAUUAGCAUUAGCCAUUAUAUAAUCACUUGUUAUACCAACACGUACACAUCUGAAGUUAUCUUAAUAUAUUCAGCUUUACAUCUCAGAGCAACACAGACCUACAACAUUGUUAUUAAUUUAAGCACUGAUGACCUGUAAGCCUGUGCACAGUCAGGCUCUUUAUUAAACAGAGGCUUACUACUGGCUAUAAGCCCUAAGCCAAAGCCCAUCAAAAUCAGUGAAAGCCCUUCAUACACUUCCAUGCACUUUAGAUCAGGCCCAAAGAGUAUACCACCCUAAACAGUCCUAAUAGGGUAGGAUGGCCUCCCUAGUGGGAUAAAGCACUCAAUUGGGACUUUAGAUCUGAGAUAAAUUCUCAGCUCAGCCACAGCCCUCUUGUGUGACCUUGGGCAAGUCACUUAAUCUACCCAGUGCCUCUGAUCCCAAUCUCUAAAAUGGAGGUAGUACUUUCCUGUCUCACAGGGAUAUUCUGAAGAAAUAAGUCCAUUAAUGACUGUAACAUUCAAAUACUACAGUGAUGAGAGCAAUAUAAGUACUUAGAUUGAAGUCAAUGGACCAUGCCUUAUAUUAUAUAGCUUAUAGUGUUUGCAGAAUCAAACUCAGACAGUUUUUGUCCCAGAGAUCUUGCAAUCUGUUAUCCCAGAACUGUACUUCCUCACAUCUUAAUGCAAUGCUUUUAAAACUGUUCUUUGCAGUCCCCCAGCUUUAUUUAAUAAACUUUUUUCCCCCCUCAAAAUAUCACUCUGCCCAAAUCUAGUUCAAGAGAAAUAAAAACCUAAUGGGCUCUCCCACAAUUUUCUCUUACCAAGUUGUUUUUUGUUACACACAUCCAGUAAUGACACUAACUGAAAAAAUAUGAAAUAUUCAAACAUCAGCAACAGCUUUUCUGUAUGAUUUGCAACCCUUUUUCUGCACCUAUUUCUUCUAUGACUUUUUGUUUGUUGGCAGGGGUUGCGGUGCAAAGAUGCUCUAACUUGAUUUUACAGAGAGCAGAACUGGAUCACUGCCACACUCUUCAGCAUGCUGUUCUCAGGGGUUUUAUCCUACACUAUUAUAGAUGAUGCAAGAAAAUCUGAGUUGCCUUUGCUAUUAAAGCACCCCUGUUCUUUUUGCAGCUGUUGUCCUUUUGCUGUCUUUCUUUACAGCUUGAUUGUGGAGCUUAAUAUUUUCCCUUGAAAGAUAAGUCUCCCAUUCUUCCCUCCCCGCAAAAACAAAAAUAUAACAUUUACAAGCCAGUGCAAAUUCCUAGUGCCCCCAAAUGGCCAAGAAAUCACUCCACAUGGUCUAGCGAGCCCCAGGCACAAUAUGCGCACAAAAUGCCCAAUCAAGGAGAAACGUAACAUAACACUGUGCUAAAACCAUCAUGAUGUGUGCGUGCGGGGUUAGUAACGCGUUCAUGCAAGAGGACAGAGCAUAAAUAAAAAGAGCUGCCAUCUCUCUCUCUUUACAGCUUAGCCGGGGGGAGGGCAAAAGUCUCAGAGGUGGGUGAGUGCCUGCAGUCAGGCAUCUAAAAUGCACAGCCCGGGAAUUAUCUCGCAGGGGCUGGGCACCUGCCGCUCCCACUGGAGUCCGCAGCAGCAGAGAAAGGUGCUCAGCCUGCGCGGACAUCUGCAGUCGCACUCCCUGCCCCCUGCACGCAUCCUCCCGCUCGCGGCCUGGGCUGGGCUGGCCACUCUCCCGCUCGCUCUUCCGGCUGCUGCUGCCGCCGUUCUAAAUCGAUCGCGGAGCAACGGAUCCGUGCCGGAAUCGAUGCCAUCGCCGUUCCUCCCCUUCCCUUCUCCUCGCUUCUCCCCCGCCCAGGCACCUGCACGCGCCCGCCCCAGCGCCAGGCCCCCGCAGCAAACGGAGUCUCAGCAGAAAGUUAAUAAGCUAUGGAGCGUGUGUUUACUCCGCUGGAAUGUCUCCUUCCCACUGGAAACCAGACGUUUUGCCUUUUGAUUCUUAAUCAGCCUUUGGACAAAGGUUACUUUCAUCUUCUGUGGAAAAAAGCUGUUCUAAGAGCUUGUGCUGAUGGAGGUGCUAAUCGCCUGUAUGGUAUCACAGAAGGAAAUCGUGAGAGCUUCUUGCCUGAUUACAUCAGUGGUGACUUUGAUUCCAUUACGCCUGAAAUCAGGGAAUACUACAAGGUCAAGGGGUGUGAGUUGAUAGAGACACCGGAUCAAGACUUCACUGACUUCACCAAGUGCCUUCAGAUACUCCAGAAAAAGAUAGAAGAAAAAGGUCUCCAGAUUGAUAUGAUUGUGACCUUGGGUGGACUUGGAGGACGCUUUGACCAUAUCAUGGCAUCAGUGGAGACUCUCUUUCAUGCAAAUAAUACCAUUCCCACUCCAGUUAUAGUUAUUCACGACUUCUCCCUCAUCUGCCUGCUUCAACCUGGAAAGCACAAACUGCAUGUAAACACAGGACUUGAAAGUAGCUGGUGUGGCCUCAUUCCAGUUGGGAACCCUUGUGACAACGUGACUACGACGGGCCUAAAAUGGAACCUCACUAACCAUGUGCUAAAGUUUGGAACGCUUAUCAGCACUUCAAAUUCCUACGAUGAAUCUGGAGUUGUGACCAUAGAAACAGAUAAACCGUUGCUGUGGACAAUGGGUAUCAAAAAUAAGCAAAAUGCUUAAGAUUACAACUGCUGACUGAAGACUUUAAACAUGUUGGAAAAUUUCACUCAUUAACAGAAACAAUUAUUGUGGCAGGAAUAAAAAUAAAAUUCUUUUUUUUUUUGGAAGAGCAGAGGGAAGGGAAAGAUAGUGGAGUUUAAUAAGUCAAAUGAAAAAUCUUUAGGAAGAUAGUAGUGACAAAACUGACUGAAUAACUCAUUCUAGUUCUGUGCAUAGGACACAUGCACUUCCUAAACCAGCAGCACUGAAAGGGACUAAUGGGCAUAGACUGACCUACUCUUACUCCUUGCAGGGGUAUGUCCAUAUUAGGUUUUAAUAUUACUGUUAAAUAUUACUGUGGUUAAAGAAUCUCUUCUCGAGUCAAAUUUUAAUUGAUGUAUUAUGUAUAUUUUUGACUUAUACAAAAUAAGUACAGCAGUAUUGUAAGUAAUCCUUUUGCUGUUUAAUGUGACUAGAACAGGCUGAUCUUCUGCCCUGCUGUUUAGUAACAUAGAUUUUAAGUCUACUUCACUUGAGUUAAUUGCAAAUUUUAAAGGAAAACAGCAAUAAAUACUGCUGCAGUGAAGCUCAGAAUAGCAGGCUGAGUAUUUCUUUUAAUGCUGCUGUCUGUGCUGCCAUUUUACUUCUACUUUCCAGCAUUAGGUACUAUUUACAAACUUCUAAUUAACAGAAGUUAAGCAGCAUUCAACUAAUCAAGUGCUCGUAAACUAUUAGUGCGCAAGCUUUUAUAGAUUAAAACGUUCAGACUUGUCACAACUGUAUGAGCUUUGUAGGCAGAAGUUCAUGCAGGUUCUUUAAACAACUGGAUAAAGUUGCAUUUUAAUUUGGUUAUCACAGCAGUCUCUUCAAAUUUUACAAACGGGUAUAUUUUCUUUUAAAGGGUUUGUUAAUUUAAGGUGGCACAGAACGCAUACAUCAUUGAAUAGAUGCUAAACACAAUGGUAUAUAUCAAAUUUAGUGCUAAUGUUGGUGUCAAGUUGCACCAUCUUGAAAAGCACUGUAAAGACAGUAGUGGAAUCCAAAACUGUUUGGUAAGGAAGGAUAAGGGCCCUCAGCUGAUCUGUAAGUACGUCUAUAAUAUAUGUAUUUCAGUUGUUGCCUCUUAAAGAGAGUGUUUAGAACAAGAUCUGAAAAACUAAACUACUUUUUGUAAGUAAAACCAAAGAUCACGUCAACUUAAAGACUAGAGCAAAAUCUUUUCAGCUUGUUUCGUGCUUCUAACAGCAUUUUACACAGGCACAUUCCCUUUGUAGGGGUUCUCCACCCCUCAGAUUACAAGACACAAUAUAGGAAAAUGGAAGUAGGUUAGUAUUUUUAAUCUGAAUAGAUUUAGAGUUGAUUUUUAGUACCACCUAAUGCUGGGCCAAAAGUAAUAUGUAAAAAAUUAUUCUACUGCUGAAAGCAGUAAACCAAGAAAGGCAGUUCAGUCACCUUACCUCAUCUUGUACAACUAGCAGCACACAGUGAUAAGUUAUUUACUGAGCCUAGAAAGUUCAAAGAGUCAGUAAAACAAAAUGAGACCAACUCAGAUAUCAAGCUUGUUUUAUAGCAGUAAACAAACAAGAUACAGACUUAUGGAAUAUUAGUAAACAAAAAAGCCCCCCACCCCCAUUGUCCAUCACUUCAAACUUCAGGUAACAGAUCUUGAUGAGUGUUCAGCCACCACUGUAGAACAAGAGAAUUUGAUCAGUGUCAAGUAAGACUGCUAUCUUAAGUUACAUCAUCUCAUUCUAACUGGAACAAAGUCCCCACUAUGCCUUAAAAACAGCACAGACAUUACACAGCUCCUUCUCUGAGACAGUUUUCUUAAUCUGAAGAUCAUACCACUCUUGCUCCAAAAGGGGUAGUAAACAGAUGUCAGAGGAGUCCCAAAACUUUUGCUGUAAUAUGCGUCCCUACUAGGGAAAUGGUUGAGAACUUUUGGCAAAACAAUUGCUAUUUUAACCAAUUACAAAGCCUUAACUGAAGUGUUUGAAACCUUCAGUAUCAGUGAUUUUUGUAGUGCUACUUACCAGAUUGAUUUAAGGUUCAAUGUUCAUAUGCAAAAGCUUAAUACACAAAUUGUGGUAUAUUGUACAAAAGUUAUGAUUAUGUAGAAUUGGAAACACUGCUUUACUUUUAAUAAAGGUAUUUUUAAUACUAUU